AUGACAAAUAGUGUUAGAGGAUAUUUACAAUUACAUCCUUUCCAUUUAGUUGGUCCUUCACCUUGACCUGUAUUCACUGCUUUUAGUUUAAUGGACUUAGCUUUAAGUUUAGGUCUUACUUCUCAUGGUUAUAUCGCUAGUAAUAUCGCUAUUAUAUUAAGUAUAAUAAGUGUAUUAUAUAGUAUGACUUUAUGAUUUAAAGAUAUUAUAGCUGAAAGUACUUAUUUAGGUGAUCAUACUAUAGCUGUUAAAAGAGGUUUAAAUCAAGGUUUCUUAUUAUUUGUAGUUAGUGAAAUAUUAAUCUUUGCUUCUUUAUUCUGAGCUUAUUUACAUUCUGCUUUAAAUCCUACUAUGGAUAUUGGUAUGUCUUGACCUCCUUUAGGUAUCGAUGUUAUCUCUCCUGCUGAAUUACCUUUAUUAAAUACUAUUAUUUUAUUAGCUUCUGGGGUUACUGUUACUUAUGCUCAUCAUGCUUUAAUUAAUGGUAAUAGAACUAAUACUUUAUAUGGUUUUAUAUAUACUACUAUAUUAAUAGCUUUAUUUGUAGGUUUCCAAUUCUUAGAAUAUAGAUAUGCUGGAUUUACUAUAUCUGAUGGUGUAUAUGGUUCAACUUUCUAUUCUUUAACUGGUUUACAUGGUUUACAUAUGAUUAUGCUAACUAUUAUGUUAAUUAUAUGUACUUAUAGAGUAUAUGAUUAUGAUUUUACUGAUAAUAGUCAUGUAGGUGCAGAAACUACAAUAUUAUAUUUACAUGUAUUAGAUGUAAUAUGAUUAUUUAUCUAUAUAAUAGUAUACUGAUGAGGUUCAUAA